AUGGGAUCUCUGCCUACCGAAGGGCGACCCUUGUCGUUCUCUGCCAUGAAGGCCAAAAAGGCUCCCCUCAAGAUCGCUACCAAGAUUGUGACGGUUGCCUCGACGCCCAAACCAAUCGCUCGAUCCUCGCCCUCCGCAGGCUCCGCUAGGCCGACGUCGGCCUCGCAGAAGGGGCUCAGCAACGGCCAUUCCCGCACCGCGAGUAUCCCUCGAAAAUCAAGUACGCCCGUCUCGGUGCGGUCACGGCAGGGCAGCGGGGAGCCCAUCGAGCGCAUCAAGAACGCGCGACGGAACCAGAAUAAGCGAGCCUCUCCCGCCGUCUCAACGCCCAGGUUGACCAGUUCCGACGAGGACACUGACGACGACGCCACCCAGCCUCGGAAGCGCAUCCGCCUCGACGGCACGGACAGUAUCGACCAGAACCGCAAAGUCAGAGAUGUGCAGGCAUUUUCUCAAGAGGAGGAUGGCGGUUUCCACAUGGUGCACGCCUACGACAUUGCGAACAACAGUCUCGUCGAGCACGGCCACGACCAAUACGCGGCCUUUUUCACAAUCUUGAAUACACACGAGGAGGAGUGCCCUACUAUCGAGCUACAAUACCCUACUUCACUGCAGACGGAAAGAUACCAGUUGGUUAGGCCCAAUGAUCAGUCCGAUUUCAAACCGUUGGACGAGAUCGAAGCGAACAUGAAAAUCGUGGCGGAAUACUAUCUCGAUAGCGCAUCCGCCGAAAAGGUCACGAGCGAAGAGUACGGCUCCGGAAUCGUACAGCAGUUGCGCCAUCAGGCUCUCCUGGGUUUCAAAGGCCGCCCGAACGCUCAGGGAGCUCAGUCAAAGUACAUCGACUUGGUCAACAAGUUCAACGCUUUGGUGGCGGAGAAGCGCAAGGACGGCACAAUCGCCCAGAAACUGGAUCAGAUGCGCCGGGUCGAUCUCAAAUUGGUGGAACACAUCAUCAAGAAUCAGAUCUACGCUCGGACGGUGUCGCCUCGGGUCAACCUCGUGCGACAAUACGAAGGCUUCUCGGACAAUGUGUACGGCGAACUCCUGCCCAAGUUCCUGAGUCAGAUAUUCAAGGAGGCCAACCUCAAGUCCGAUCAAGUUUUCAUCGACCUCGGCUCCGGCGUCGGCAACUGCGUCCUCCAAGCCGCAUUGGAAACAGGGUGCGAAUCAUGGGGCUGCGAAGUGAUGAAGAAUUGCGACACGCUUGCCCAACUCCAGGCCGCAGAGUUCCCGGCUCGGUGCCGUCUCUGGGGUAUCAAACCUGGCGCCAUCCACCUCGUGCACGGUGAUUUCCUGGAGAACAAACAGAUCCGCGAAGUCCUGAAGCGUGCCGACGUCAUCCUGAUCAACAACCAAGCUUUUACCUCGGAGCUGAAUGACAAGUUGAAAUACGUCUUCCUCGACCUGAAGGAAGGGUGUCAGAUUGUGUCGCUCAAACCGUUCCGCAGUCCGACGCACCAGAUCAAGGCCGCGAAUGUCAACGACCCGAUCAACGUGCUGCGGGUGGUGGAGAAGGAGCGGUGGAGUUCCAUGGUCAGCUGGACCGAUGAUCCAGGCAAAUGGUAUCAUCAGCACAAGGAUUCCAGGGAGUUACAGGCUUUUAUGGAGGGGCUCGCUGGAAGGGAGAAGUGUUAG